AUGGGCUUUGUUCGCUGUCUACAAGCUCUGUUGUUGGUAUCACAACUCAUUCCCUUCCACGCCUCCCUUAUGACGCAGAGAACAGUAAAUUGUCAAAACUUCAAGUUUGUUAUAGAUGAGGAUGUCAUCUACAACCACAUUCUUGAGAGUCACGUGUUUAAAAGAUCAACAGUUCACAGCGCCGCCCAGUGUCACGUGAAGUGCAAAGAUGACUGCUUGUGUGUAUCCAUGAAUUAUUUUCCACAGUCUAAAGAAAAUAACUGCGAGCUUAACGAUGUUAACAGAGACAUGGAGCCCGCGGCAAUAAAAUGGAAGCAAGGAGGAAAUUAUUAUGAUCUGGUGAGGAGCUACACGGUAAAGGUGAGAGAUGGAAUUCUUAGUUGCUAGACUAGAGUAUUGUUUGUGUUUUAUUUUUUCAGCUAUUUUUUUCAGCUGUAUGUUUCUCGCUCCUGACCAUCUAGACUUUUGGAACUGCGUUUCUUUUUUGUUCCUUGACUUCCUCUUCGCUAAAUUAUAUGAAUUCAAAUAUCUCUUUGCAAUUGAUCCUCAAAAGCCUUUCCUCUAAAUCUUUAGUGUCUUUGUUUUUGUCCGUCAAAAUUGCCAAAAAAUACUUGUAGAAAAACUGUUCGUUUAAAUUCAAAUAGGGCGGAGAAAACUACGUAUCAGGAAAACAUCGUUGUGUUAAUAAAUGCUGCAGCCUAAAUCCCUGCCUCAACGGAGGGGUAUGUCAGGAAAUUUGUGACACUCACAGCACCAGGUUUAACUGUACUUGUCCUGAGAUAUACACUGGUCAGCGGUGUGGUAAGAUAAGUCAGAUUACUUAUCCAAGAAGCUGCAAAGACAUCGCUAAGAACGGCGCCUCAGCAGCAGGAAACUACAAUAUAUUCAACUCAGCCGAUGAACCGUUUUCUGUUUACUGUGACUUGCAAUCAGAACCUGGCUUUGUAUGGGCGUUGAUACAGUCUUUCUCCAUUGCCAAUAAGGCGACGUUUAAGGACAAAGGGUUUGGCACCGAUUUUCCCGUGAAUGACAAUAACAACAAUAAGGAUUGGAACUCUUAUCGGCUUUCAUUGGCAAGAAUGCAAUCUCUUUUUCAAUACUCGACACAUCUGAGAGUAACAUGCAACUUUCCAACAGAUGGCCUGCUUUACACGGACUACGCACGCGCCGUUCUUCGGGCAGGUCAUGAUAUAUUUGGAAACUGGAACCAAGAUUGCAAAUUGUUCGAGUAUAUUAACAUCCGCGGAAUUCACUGUUCUAAUUGCACCGCCGACACAAGAAUGGAAUCUGAUAAAGCUUGGUUCGUAAACAGUUUUAAAAGCAAGGACAAAGGUUGCGAGUUUGAUGGAUCACCAGGAGCAGUUGACGGCGAAAAUAAUUUUGGAAUGUACCAUUCCGGGGCGAUAAAUACGAAUCACCGCUGCUCUUCUUCAUCUUCCUCUACAACACAAUACUGGUUUGGAGUUAAACACGAAUAG